AUGUUGUGCGAUUAUUACUAUGCUAAAUGUGCGAAAGGAACAGCUAUAAGAAAGAUGUCGGCACUGAGUCGUAAACUUAAGAACGAAAAAGGAGAGUCUGCGAUCAUCGACUUAACGCUUGGGAACCCUCUUCUGCCCCCACCAGAAGUCUAUCAAAAGGCAUUAGAAAUAGUUUCUCAAAACACUGAUUGUAUGAGGCAUGGAUAUUCAACUACAUUGGGUGAUACACCGGCAAGACAAGCUAUGGCAGAUAUCAUUUCAUCAUUUGAAAAGGUACUUUCAAGUGCUGAAAAUGUCGUUUUGACACCUGGUUGCACAGCAGCCAUCAACGUGUUUCUUAGAAGCGUUUUAAAUCCACGCGAUGAAGUCAUUUUGUUCUCCCCAUACUUCUUGGAGUACCCAUUUUACAUAGAUAACUGCCAAGCUACUAUGAAAAUAGUGCGAACCAAAUUUGAGGAAAACUGGCAACCAAAUGCAAAAAUGUUGGAAGAGAGUUUAACAGAGAAGACGAAGGUGAUCAUUAUCAAUUCACCAAAUAAUCCAACUGGUGUUGUAUAUACAGAAGAAACGAUGGUAAAGAUAGUCGAAGUAUUAAAGAGGUAUAACACAACACAUAACCACAAGAUUUGGAUUUUGAAUGACUCAGUCUAUAGAAGACUCAUUGAAGGUGAUACAUUCACUUUAUUUGACAAGUAUCAAUAUUCUGCUAUAGCAUAUUCACUCUCAAAAGACGUUUCUAUUCCAGGAGAACGUGUUGGAUGUAUUGCAGUCAAUCCUUUACUUGACACGUGUCAAGAGUUUGUUGCGGGUAUUGCCAAUUUUAAUGAAAUUCUUGGAUUCAUGCAACCCAAUAGAUUACACCAAUUUGUGCUUCCGAUCAUGGAGUUGGCUGUGGCGGACUUGAAGCAAUAUGUCACAAGUCGAGAGAUCAUAUGUGAGUGUUUGGAGGACCUUGGAAUCAAAUUUGUGAAGCCACAUGGAGCUUUUUACUUCUUCCCAAAAAUAGAAGAAGGAAAUGAAGAGGAGUUUUGCCAUCUUUUUGCAAUGAAUGGCGUUGUGGUUGUGCCAGGAAGUGCGUUUGGAGAGUGUGGAUAUUUCCGAAUGUCCAUUUGCCAACCACCUGAAAUUGUUAGAGGAUGGGUAGAGCAGUUUAAAGAAUGUUACAGAAAGACUGUGCAUCAACUUAAAGAGAAGACUAGUGCAGAGCACACUAUUGUUCAUUAA